AUCAUCCUUAUGACUCUCAUAUUUAAGCGGAGACGCUCUAUAUAUUUGUCCAUUUGUUUCGUAACCUUUGCCGACUGAGUAUUUUGUUAUUCUUAUCAACAUAUUUUAUCAUCAUUAAUGCGAAAAAUGAAAUUCAAGUAUACGAGCCUUAUCAUUUACGUGCUUUUCGGCAACGCGUUUGGAGUGAUCGCCGAAGUGGGCGUAAAGCACACAGACUUGAAAUUAGAGCUCGUACAAGUGCUGUUCCGGCAUGGAGCGCGAACACCGGAUAAAGCUGAGUUCAAGUACAUCAAUUACGCAGGCUUAAAUGCGUACAAUCCCUAUGGACUAGGAGAAUUGACCAACCUAGGCAAAAAACAGCUGUUCAAAGUCGGCCAAAUGCUAAGACAACGUUACUCUGAUUUUCUUUCUGAGGAUUUUAAUACGAGUGAUGUUUACGCUUAUUCGAGUGAAGAUGAUCGCACGAAAAUGUCGCUGCAAGUAGUUCUUGCCGGAUUGUAUCCACCAUCUUCUGAAUUCGUUUGGAACAAAAAACUCAACUGGAUACCUCUUCCUGCACGCUACACACCGAAAGAGCUAGAUAUUUUACUUAAACCUACUUUCAGUUCAAGGUUUAUAUCGAUCAAUAAUGAAUUCAAACGUUCUGCCGAGUUCCAAAGCAAAAUAUCCGAGCACUUAGAUUUCAUUAAUUUCCUGAAAGAUAAACUAGGAGUAGAUGAAUCAUUGGAUGAAGUGAAUUUCAUAGCGUUUACAUUCAAUACGUUGUACUCGAACGAGCAUUUGAACAUUCCACUUCCCAAAUGGUACACCGAUGAAGUGAAGAAAGCUCUGUUUGACUUGAUAAACUACAUUCAUCGAUCGAUGUCUGCAACAACAGAAAUGAAAAGAAUAAAUGGAGGACCGUUGAUAAGAACUCUUUUGGAAAACAUGAACGUAAAUAGUACCGUUGUUAAUCCGCGUAAGAUUUACCUAUACAGUGGACACGAUCUGAAUUUAGCGGCAGUCUCGGUUGCCUUGGGUUUCUCGGAUGCGUUCGACCACCCAGACUACGCUAAUGGACUUAUUAUGGAGAAGUGGAGUGACUCGGAAAAUCAGUUAUACGUUAGGUGGCUGGCGUGGACGACAGCUGGCGGAGAACCAAAAGCUUUAAAAUUGAAAGAUUGCGAGGAAUUUUGUCCUAUUGACAGUUACAUCAACAUUCUCAAGAAGUCUGAAGUAAUUCCAUCUGACGAAGAGAUGAACCUACUUUAUAACGACUUUGUAAAAAGACGAAAAAAAUCGAUUCAGGAUUUGUUCUUUGGCGAUUCGGCUGUUACCUCUAAAUAGUUAAAUUCACCUCAGUCAUCCCUUAGGCUGAUCGUUACUUUUGAUUUGUCUCGGUAAUCAUUGUUUAUUACUCUUGCACACUUUUCAGUAGCUGGCUUGAAGUAAAGCUGGCGCAAAGCCAAAUGCUUCGGAAUUGAAAAAUUGCUAACAGUCGUCUUGUCAUAUUGAAGAUUACGUAAAAUAGUUAAAAGAGAAUUUUAAUCAUCGUUCAAAUAUACCAAUCGCAGUAUUUGAAAUGCGACAUCACUCCGCAAAAUUAUAUCAAACCAAAAGCCA